UUCAAGUACAGUAGGGAGUUGAGAAACUGAACACAGCAGCGAGCCAAAAUGGCCGCUCUUAUCGGUCAAUACCAACCAUUUUUGUGUCCAUGUCGUGCAGGGAAUGGCGGCUGCUGUGCCAUGAGGUAGAGGAGUUUCAGAUCCCAGCUCUGACUGGAGCCCUGGAGGACUGUUCUGACUACAGGGCCUGGUGUGAGAGCAACACGCCUGCUGCCGGUAACCAGUCUUCCUCUUCAGCCGAGUCCUUCCUCUUUUACAACCAAGAUCAAGAUGUUUUCACGGGGAUCGGUUACCAACCGGAGAGCAUGGAUGUAAGUCCAUCCCAAACACAAGAUGGAGUCAGUCCUGAAGACUCCUUCAUCUCAGUGGGUGAGGACAUCUGUCCCUUGGUGGAACCAGAGAACGAGCUGAGACGGAGAGACUGUCUGCUUCAGAGACGAGAGGAGAGCAGACAGGUCAAUACAGAGGACAGAAUAGAGCCAAGCCAGCUGUCGCCAGCUCCUCUACAGUCAACAGUAGAGUCAACAGUACAGUCUGGUGGUCAGACCAGUCACCUCUCAGUCCCCUCUGACAGACUGUCUCAGGACAAUACCACGUCAGAUACCACCAGCAAACUCUCAUCUUCCCCUUUGGUACCAAACAGAACAUUGGACACAAUGGAUAUCAGAAAGCUAUCCUCUUCUCUCUGCAGUGUAACACACCAACCUGACCAUGCUAGUAAAUUCUUCCCAACAGGGCUGAGUAGUCCAGGACAGAAACCAGUAGGUUCCAGACGCUUCUCGUCUCCUGGUCGAUAUCAGGGUGGUUUGGUAGAGAGGGCAACGCCAGACGGGCAAGAUGAGAUCUCUGCCUCUCUCCAGAGCAUGAUGGCAGAGACUGUGUUUCAGAGUGGGCCCAACACACAGUCCUGGGGGACGCCAUCUGGGGAAGGGACCCUCUGCCCCUCCACAGGUUCCAGGGGCUCCACGCCUGACCCUAUCCCUCCUGACCCACUCCCCAAUCCAGCCUCAGCCAGGCUGUCUACCCUCACAGCCUUCCUGGCCAGACAGGGACUCCUGGGGCGCACAGGGGACAAG